AUGCCAACGUACCUACCAACAUUAGUCAAAAACUUCUUCAUACAUUUUAUUCUCGUAAUACGUCUUACGUUCAUCCAGGCAAACAGCGCCUCCACUCAAUGUUACAAACCAGUAAAGAGCGAUUCUGGCAAGAACAUAUGCGUUAUUGCCGGUAACAUGUCUCGGAUCGCCCCAUUGAAAGGCAUGUGCGAAAUCGAAUGUGCGUAUCGGUGUCGGUCAUAUUCGUCAUCAUGCAUCGGAUUUAAUUGUAGGUACGUUGACUCGCUGUUGAGCUGUGAGUUGGUUCACGGUGAAGGUGGGGAUUGGAAAGAUCGGUACGUCGAUAGCGAUUCUUCGGUCGCCGGAUGCUGUCGGUUUUAUUCGGUUGGGACGCGCAUGGCGUAUGAUAAUCUUUCAGCAUCGUACAGACAGUAUUCGAAGCAGGUCAUCGCGUAA